AUGGAGACGAUCACUGCUUCUUUUCGAAAAAUUUCUUUGAACCAUAAGGGUGGCCCUGAGGAAGAAGACGGUGAUAACAAGAUUCCAAACGGUGCUGUUUCGGAGCUCAGCUCCCAUGUCUCCCUCCCUUACUAUUUGAAGCAGCAAUGCCUCGACCUGAAGGCGGCGGAGAUUCAAUGCAAGAACCGGAGGGACGGGGUGGAACCGGCAGAUGAUCCGAGGGCAGAGUAUGGCGGAGAUUACUCCCCUGAUGGCGAUGACUACAUCGAUGAUGAUGAUUAUGAUGAUGAUGGCUGGUAUGACAGUGACAGUGACGACUACUCGUCAUCGGAAGAUUGCGACGAUGAUGAAGAUGACGGUGAUGACGACGACGACGACCACCGUGAGGAACCCGAAGAAGAGGAGUACGACGUGCUCGUGGCGGGCGGUUGCUCGAGGUGCUAUAUGUAUUUCUUAGUCCCCAAGAAAUCUAACGGUUGCCCCAGAUGCAAUGGUCCUCUUAUUCGCUUCGACAAUGGCGAACCGGAGUAUCCAUGA